AUGUCGCUCGCCCUGACACUCACGCGCCAGCGCAGGGUGGGGACAGGGAAGCCCGGUCCUGAUGCCCGUGCAGAAGUCGAGGUGGCGAUGGAGGAUGCGGACGACGGGGCCGAUCGCGACGCGCCAACCGGCAACCGCCUCCAGAGCACAGCGAGGAAGGAGAGGCCAAACAAGGAGAAACCGAAGGGGUCGGCGGAGGCGCAGGAGCCAGCGGCUGCCGACGACGAUGUGUGCACGGAGGAGCCAGACUCGGAGGAGAUGGUGGAGGAGUUGGAGGAAGAAGCGGCCGCGUUGGAAGUCGAGGAGGAGAAGGCCAAGGCCGGAGGAGGAUGGUCGGCGGAGAAGGUUGGGGCGAGGAAGCGGGUGGCACGGCCGAGCUCGGAGAGAAGGGCGGAUGCUGCGGAGGACCACUUCAUGGGGGAACCGAAGCCAGACCACGAGGCGAAGCAAAGAUGGCCGGAAAGGCCUCCCAUUCCAUGGCUUGAUGAUCUUGGGUACCGUAAAAGGCUGGUGGACUGCCUAUCGCCUAGGAUAGUGGCUACAGAGAAAUAG